UCCAUUGCGUCCCAAACCCUAAAAGAGAAAAUUCCCAAAACCCUUUUGAAAUUAGGGUUUUUUUUGUUAAGGAAAGAGAGGAUUAACCAUGUCGAAGCGCAAAUUCGGAUUCCAAGGGUUCGGGAUAGACCGUCAAGCUACCUACAACUUCGAGCGAUCCCAGGCUUCUCAACGCCUCUACGUUCCUCCUUCCUCUCGUCAUGCCCACGACAACUACGAAGAUAACGACCUUGACGAAAUCGAUUACGCCGAUAACAACGAUACAUCCACCGACGCCGGCAAAAACGAGCCCGCCGACGAUGGAAACAGUGGGGAAGGUGACGAAAUCGACCCUCUCGAUGCGUUUAUGCAGGGCAUAGAGGAGGAUUUGAAAGCGAAACCGGCUCCCGAGCCCAAGGAGAAGCCGGAGAGGUAUAGAGACGACGAAGAUGAGGAUGAUCUGGUGGAGAGUUUUUUGAGGUCGAAGAAGGAUGUUGGGCUGACAUUGGCGGCGGAUGCUUUGCGUGCUGGGUAUAAUUCCGAUGAGGAGGUUUACGCGGCUGCCAAGGCAGUUGACGCGGGUUUGUUGGAGUAUGAUUCGGAUGAUAAUCCGGUGGUUGUCGAUAAGAAGAAGAUAGAGCCAAUUCCAGCCCUUGAUCACAGUUCCAUUGAGUAUGAGCCGUUUAAUAAAGAUUUUUAUGAGGAGAAGGCUUUAGUUUCAGGAAUGAGUGAGCAAGAAGUUGCUGAAUACCGGAAGAGUUUAGCUAUUCGUGUUUCUGGUUUUGACGUCCCAAGACCUGUUAAGACAUUUGAAGACUGUGGUUUUGCACCAGAACUAAUGCGUGCUAUUGCAAAACAAGGGUAUGAAAAGCCAACCACCAUUCAGUGCCAGGCCUUACCUAUUGUCCUAUCGGGGAGGGAUGUUAUUGGUAUAGCAAAAACGGGUUCUGGUAAAACUGCUUCUUUUGUGCUUCCUAUGAUUGUCCACACUAUGGAUCAGCCCGAACUUCAGGAGGAGGGUCCAAUUGGAGUGAUAUGUGCACCUACCCGAGAACUAGCACACCAAAUAUUCUUGGAAGCAAAGAAAUUUGCAAAAGCCUAUGGUAUACGCACCGCUGCUGUGUAUGGUGGAAUGUCCAAACUUGACCAGUUCAAGGAACUCAAGUCGGGAUGUGAGAUUGUUGUUGCUACACCUGGUCGAUUGAUAGACAUGCUAAAAAUGAAGGCACUCACAAUGACAAGAGCAACUUAUUUGGUGCUUGAUGAGGCUGAUCGAAUGUUUGACCUUGGGUUUGAACCACAAAUAAGAUCCAUUGUUGGCCAAAUCAGACCUGACCGCCAGACCUUACUAUUUUCAGCAACAAUGCCACACAAAGUAGAGAAGUUAGCCAGGGAAAUUCUCAGUGAUCCAAUCAGAGUUACAGUUGGAGAGGUGGGAACAGCUAAUGAGGAUAUUACUCAGCAUGUUCAUGUAAUUCCUUCCGACUCUGAGAAGUUACCCUGGCUUCUUGAGAAGCUACCUGGAAUGAUUGAUGAGGGUGAUGUUUUAGUGUUUGCUUCCAAGAAAGCUACUGUUGAUGAGAUCGAGUCUCAGCUUUCUAGUAAGGGUUUUAAGGUUGGCGCCCUUCAUGGUGACAAAGAUCAGGCUUCUCGAAUGGAAAUUCUACAAAAGUUUAAAUCUGGCAUCUACCAUGUUCUCGUCGCUACUGAUGUUGCUGCUCGUGGUCUUGACAUCAAGUCAAUUAAGUCGGUUGUGAACUAUGAUAUUGCAAAGGAUAUGGACAUGCAUGUGCACCGUAUUGGUAGAACAGGUCGUGCUGGUGACAAAGAUGGCAUUGCUUAUACUCUUAUAACUCAGAAGGAGGCUCGGUUUGCUGGUGAAUUGGUAAAUAGUUUAGUUGCUGCUGGGCAGAAUGUCUCAACGGAACUGAUGGAUCUUGCUAUGAAGGAUGGGAGAUUUAGGUCCAAGCGUGAUGCAAGAAAAGGAGGAGGGAAGAAGGGUAGAGGAAGGGGUGGUGGUGGGGGUGGCAGAGGUGUGCGUGGAGUUGAUUACGGUCUGGGUAUUGGAUAUAAUCCGCAAUCCAGUAAUGCUUCUUCCCAGGCUGUUAAAAGUCGGAAAGCUGCUGUAAAUUCUCUGAAAACUGGCAUGAUGGCACAAAUGAAGAGUAACUUUGUUGCUGCUUCAUCAAACCCUCAUAGUCAAGGUUUCAAUAGCAGUUCAAGUAUCAGAAGACCAACUUUGUCUGGAUUUGUAUCCGGUGGCUCCAUUGGUGGAGAUACUCAGACGACCAGUUCAUUCGGCACUGCUCCUACAUCAGGAUCGAACACUUCACAAAGUGCUGGACAAAACACUAACCAAAGGAACUCAGAGAGUUCUAGUGAGAGACAGAGAGAAAGACGAAGGCCCUCCGGAUGGGACCGUUAAUCUUCACCUGAUGGAUGAUGCUAUUUUCUUAAUCGGGAAAUUUUGUCUGUUCAAAUGUUAAAUUAACCUUGUCUGUAUCAUUAUCGUGCUUAGUAAGUCCUCUUAGCUUUUUGCUCAAAUAUGUUCAGUUUUCAUA